UUCAAUGAAAUGCAGUAGUUUACUUGACGAUCAAACGCCGGUUCGACAACAGGUGCCUGUCCGUGGUGUACAAUAACAGUGAUGGUGAUGGACUGAUUCUGUCAGUCAAAGGCAUGCUAGUAGAGAACCAAUAAAGUGUGGGCGUCACGGUCCGUGGUAAUUCAGUUUUGUUUUAUGGGAAGUGUCUGCUGAAAUAGUGCUCUACACGAAAACAAAAAAAAAAAACGCAAAUACCGAUGUGAUACAAAAAUGAAAUUUGAAUUGAGUGCAGCUGGUGUCAGGUCUUUUUGUGCAAGUGAUAUGCAGUUCCGUUUGAUUUUAGUUUUUAUUGCUUUCGGUGCACUGGUGGCCCGAGCCGAUCCAAAUCCCAAUCCCAAUCCCGUUCCAGAACCAGAUCCGGCCCGAGUGAUCGGAAAGUAUUUGUUCUCGUACAACCCGGGCGAUGGCGAGUAUCAGUUGUCGAAACAACCGCUGGAUUUGACAAACAUUCCAAACAGUGAAUAUUUCGAUGCUGAUACAGCCGCCAGUCAAAUCUCGGAAUACUCAUCAUCUUCUGGGCCCGGUUCGACUGGGCACAUGACAAGUUAUAUCACUUCAACAAGACAUGGGAGUUUCAAUACUGAUUCUGAAGAUAGCGACGAAAAACCAACCUACUACCACCGCAAGCGGAAGCCGAUCAUUCCGAUUCUGCACCAGUACAGUGUUAUUCAUACUAGCAACGGCAACUCCGAGCUGACCAACGGUGGCAACAACGCCAGUGAUGAUGAUGACGAUGAAGAAGACUACUACGAAAACAGUUACAAGCCACCCAAAGUGAUUCACACCAAAGCGAAAGCUAUCCCGAUUAGUCAGCACAUCGAGGUGGAAAGCCCAUUUCCGGUUCCAUUUAUUAAAAAGAUUCACGUGCCCGUACCGAAAGGAGUAAAAAUCAAGAUUCCGCAUCCCGUUCUAGUUCCUGUUCCGCAACCGUAUCCGGUGCAUGUUCCCGUAUCACAACCAGUGGCGAUUCCCGUAAUCAGAGAAAUCACCAUCCCGAUUGAGAAGAUUGUGCCCUAUCCGGUGGAAAAGAAGGUACCGGUGCCCAUCGAAAAACCGGUCCCGUAUCCCGUGGAAAAACACAUCCCGGUGCACAUUCCGCAGCCGUACCCGGUGAAGGUGCCAGUCGUCAAGACCAUCGUACACAAGCUGAAACCCCCGCGAACCAUCGGCGUUGGCAGUGUUACCUUCUAGUCGAGGAAAUUCGCGACCACGUGGGCUCGCUGGAGGGUAAACAUUAUUAUUGUAACUUAGUUUGCAUAGCAUAUCGAAACUAAUGUGCUCAUUUUCCUCAUUGUAACCGUCUGCCGUUGGUUUUAUUGUUAUUGGUAUAACUUUAUUACGAUCGGUACUCCCUCCAGGUCAGAGGGAGAGUACGAGUACAGAAAAUAAUAAUAAUCGAUAUAAAUUAUGUAUAAAAAAAACGGUAGAAGAAGUGCGACAAACGCAGAAAAACAAAACUUGUUAAACAGAUUUAUUUGCAUGUAAAUUCUCCCCCUUGCUAGAGAAUCCAGCGUCCGACCGGUUCCGUACAGUGGAACACAAAAAGCAGCGGUUGUUAGAAGUUAGGAUAGGGCCUACCAGUUUCCACAAAACCACCACCAAGUUCGGUCGGGAGUUAUUAAUUUAUUGCUUCGCAAUUACACACUUUGUACCGUAGCAUGAAACCCGACUAAGUGGGGGAGUAAAACGAACGAACAAGACAAGCAAGAGUGCAUGUGAUGGUCGGUUACAUCACAGGUAUGUACACGGUGCGAAAGGUACCUUUUCGUAAACCGUGAAUAUGAGCCAGCGGAUUUCCUUCCUUAUGCCAACACCGAAAACGAAUGCGCAGAUAGGUGAGAAAAACAAACUAAAUAAAAAAAAAUACAACAUUACUACAAACAACUUAUUUUCCUCGUGUACGGCAUUUUUGACGGAUACUUUGUAUGUGUGUACUCUUGCUACGAACCUCCCCCUUGCCUUGCUACAGAUGUUUGGUUGGUUAGUUAACAAUUGUGUUAGUGUUACAGGUUGUUUCAGUUCGUACGAGCAUAGUACGAGAGAUAGUUGUUGUUAGGUUUGUAAAAACUGUUUGUCCAGACUUGUUGAAUAAAGUUGUAUAUUUUUAACAA